UAGGGUUUAUUGAGAGGUUUCUCAUUCAAAAGAGUACGAGCCGACUAGGGUUUCAAACCUGCUGCAAAAGCCAUGGAACCUGCUACCGAUCGGAUUCCACCGGAAGCAAAAUCCAUGGAACCUGCUUCAUUACCGGAGAAAUGUCGAGGACGCUCAAAAACAUCUCGUGCUGCUAAGAGAGUAAGAAAUAAAAACUAUAAAAAGCGAAAGCAAGAAGCCCGUAAGAUUUCGGAUGAGACCCGGAAUCGUUUUCAACAAAUACUUGAUGACUUUCACAAAUCCAAUGAUGAAGAGUACACAUUUGAUGCCAGCAUUUCAAACUAUGAACGUGCUGAGGUGCACAAGUUAUGGAGAGCAAUGGGUAUGAAGUCACAAAGUUCUGGAGUAGGGGCUAAUAGACGCGCUACACUUUACAAGAUCAAGGUCAAGGUUAAGGUCAAGGGCAAAGUCAAGGUCAAGGGCAAAGUCAAGGUCAAGGUCCCGGCUCAGGCCCAGACCAAGAACAAGACCAAGUCAAAAAAUACAGAAGCAAAACACCCGGUCACAUCUUUUGCAUUUUCAGAAGAGGGGAAAACAGUUUUAAAGGACUUUUUUUCUUUUUAUCCACCUGGCAAUCACAAAGAGGAUGAAAAGAUUGUUGUCACGUCUAGUAAAAGAGCUAAUAACAUACGAAUGAGAACUGACGAUAUGUUCUGUAAACCUCGGAUGGAAAAGGCUCGAGUUUUAAAGAAGUUUCAGUCGUUUGUUGCCAGUAUGCAAUCGGAUCCCAAGUUAAAACAGAUCACUGAAGUAAGGUCCAAACUUCCAAUUGCAUCCUUCAAGGACGUUAUUACAUCGACAAUAGAAUCCAAUCAGGUAGUUCUCAUAUCGGGCGAAACUGGUUGUGGGAAGACAACACAGGUGCCUCAAUAUUUGUUGGAUUAUAUGUGGAGUAAAGGUGAAGUAUGUAAGAUAGUCUGCACCCAGCCACGGAGAAUCUCUGCCGUUUCAGUUGCUGAAAGAAUAGCUAAUGAAAGAGGUGAAUCUAUUGGACUGAGUGUUGGAUACAAGAUAAAGUUGGAUAAGAAAGGUGGAAAGGAGUCAUCCAUCGUGUUUUGCACGAAUGGAAUCUUGUUGAGGAUUUUGGUACAAGCUGGUAACAGUUUAGCUGGAAAAGAUAAGUCAGCAGAGAUGGUCAAAGAUGCAUUUCCUGACAUCACUCACAUCGUUGUGGAUGAAAUUCAUGAAAGGGACCGAUUCUCUGAUUUUAUGCUAACAAUCAUUAGAGAUAUACUUCCCUUGUAUCCUCAUCUACGCGUGGUAUUGAUGAGUGCUACCCUCGACGCUGAACGAUUUUCUCGGUACUUUGGAGGCUGUCCAAUCAUACGUGUCCCGGGGUUCACUUACGAUGUAAAAAAGUUCUACCUGGAGGAUGUACUUUUGCUUGUGAAAACAAAUGCUCGUUCUCUUGACCGCACUUCAGAAACAAACGUUAGCGAGAAAUCCAAAUUAACCGAAGAGUACAAACGUGCCCUUGAUGAGGCUAUUAAUAUAGCUUGGUCAAGUGAUGAGCUGGAAUCCUUAUUAGACAUUGUUUCAAUGGGUGAAGGAUUAGACGUUAGUAAUUAUCAGCAUUCGGUGACAGGUGUCACACCAUUAAUGGUCUUAGCUAGAAAAGGAAGAAUCGGUGAUAUCUGCAUGCUUCUUUCUUUCGGUGCUAAUUGUCACUUACAAGAUAACGAAGGAAAAACCGCGCUGUCAUGGGCCGAACACGCGGAUCAAAAAGAAGCUUCCGAGAUUUUACGGAAACAUCUAAACGCUGAUCUGGAAGAGGGAAAGCUAUUGCUUGAUAGAUAUUUGAAAGAUGUUAAUCCUGAAUUAGUUGAUAUUGUUCUUAUCGAACAAUUACUGAGGAAAAUAUGUACGGAAUCUGAACAAGGGGCUAUUCUCGUCUUUCUUCCAGGGUGGGAUGAAAUACAUAGAUUACAACAGAAGUUACUUUCUAGUGAUUUUUUUAAAGAUUCGUGCAAGUUUUUGAUAAGGGUUCUUCAUUCCAUGGUCUCCUCUACAGAACAAAAGAAAGUUUUUAUAAGACCGCCUCACGGUUGCAGGAAAAUUGUUCUUUCAACGAACGUAGCUGAAACAUCCGUCACAAUUGAUGAUGUCGUUUUCGUAAUUGAUAGUGGAAGAGUGAAAGAAAAAAGUUACGAUCCACUUUUGAAAGUCUCGACGUUACAAUCUUCUUGGAUUUCUAAAGCAAAUGCGAAGCAACGUGCAGGGCGGGCAGGGCGAUGCCAGCCUGGAAUAUGUUAUCGUCUUUAUUCGAAACUUCGGGCAGCUUCGCUAAUGGAGUUUCAAGUGCCCGAGAUUAAGAGAACAGCAAUUGAAGAAUUGUGUUUGCAGGUGAAGCUUCUUAACCGAAGUUGCAAGAUAGAAGAUUUUUUGGAAAAAACAUUGGACCCUCCCGUUUCUCUAGCCAUAUAUAAUGCGAUUACGGUUCUUCAAGAUCUUGGAGCUUUAUCACCUGAUGAAGAACUUACCGAGCUUGGUGAGAAACUCGGUUCGCUCCCGGUUCACCCAUUAACAAUCAAGAUGCUUCUUUUUGCUAUAUCAAUGAACUGCCUUGAACCAGCUUUGACUUUAGCGUGUGCAAACGACUUUAGAGACCCUUUCGUCUUCCCAAUGUCACCUGAUGGUAAAACAAAAGCAAAUGCCGCUAAAUCUGAGCUGGCAUCGUUAUACGGUGGCCAUGGUGAUCAAUUGGCGAUAAUCGCAGCUUUUGAAUGCUGGAAAAACGCCAAACAAAUGGGUAAAGAAGCCAAGUUUUGUUCUCAGUAUUUCGUGCAUGCUGGUGUUAUGAGGAUGUUAUGUUCAAUGCGUCAGCAACUUCGACGUGAACUUCAAACCAACGGAUUUUUUCCAAGAAAUUCACAUAGGUUGAGUGAAAAUUCUCAAGAUGGUGGAAUAAUUAAUGCGGUUCUUGUUGCUGGUUUGUAUCCUAAGGUAGGAAGAUUACUUCUACCUAGUGCAAAGUCGAAAAAGUAUGUUAUAAAUGAUGUUGGUAAUCAGAAGGUUAUGUUGAGUCGACAGUCGGUUAAUUCUAGGAUAACCCUUGAGAAAAAAGACGUUGAUCCUUUGGUGAUUUACGACGAGGUAACACGUAGUGAUAUGGGUUUCAGUAUCAAGAAAUGCAGUUUUAUCGGCGCACUCUCUUUGUUAUUGCUAGCUACUGAAAUUGCUGUUGCUCCUAUUAAUAACGAUAACGAGACGACUUCUGAAGAAGGUAGUAAUGAAAGACGUGAAGAUGAAUUUAUGUCUAAUCCUGAUACUGCGGUUGAAGUUGUUGCUGACAGGUGGCUUUCGUUUAAGUCAACAGCUCUUGAUGCUGCUCGGAUUUGUUGUUUGAGAGAAAGAUUGUCUGAUGCAAUAUUGUUCAAGACCACACAUCUGGGGAAAGAUCUACCUCGCGUACUUGCAGCCUCUGUCGCUGCAAUAGCCAAGGUGUUAUCUUGUGAUGGCGUUGCUGGUAUUAAUGAAAUUAAGGUUGCUCAGCAGGGAGACAAUGUGAUAAUGGCGGGUUCAGGUUCAGAUGACUUUCUUAGAUCGCUUUUAUCCAACGCUUUAAAACACAGGGUGAUGAAUCCAAAGGGAGGUUCUCGCAAACGCUCUUAUGAAGAGGCUAUCAUGAUGAUAUAGCUUGAAAUGAAAGAUGGUUUUGAUGGUUAUCAUAGUAGACCCAAUCUGUUGAUACUCAAUUCCCUAACCAAACCCAAUUGCACCAUUUGAACACAGUUUUAUCGGUUCAUCUUCAUCUUCUCUAAAUUUGAAAUCAUGAACUCUUAUAGAUGUAAAGUUUCGUUUAGUGGAUUUUGUAGUUAUUGUGUUGGGUUUGGUGAAAUCUUACCCAUCUGGAAUCGUUAGGUAAAGAAAUGGGUUGGGUAUCGUUAAUCUCAUAUCCAUACCCGGUUGUAUAAUCUUGCCCCAUACCCGGCCCAUUAUACGUUGGGUAUCGGACAUACCCAUUGUGUAUACCGUUGGGUUUUUAUGUAUAUAUAUUUUUAUU